AUGGUCACGUCCACCAUGUCCAUCUGCUCUAGCACUUGCUCCGAAUCCUGGCAGGUGGAAGACUGCCCAGAGAGCUGCUGUGAGCCCCCCUGCUGUGCCCCCAGCUGCUCUGCCCCGGCCCCCUGUCUGACCCAGGUCUGCACCCCAGUGAGCUGUGUGCCCAGUCCCUGCUGCCAGGCGGCCUGUGAGUCCAGUCCCUGCCAAUCAGCCUGCACCAGCUCCUGCACGCCCUCAUGCUGCCAGCAGUCUAGCUGCCAGCCGGCUUGCUGUACCUCCUCCCCCUGCCAGCAGGCCUGCUGUGGGCCCAUCUGCUGCAAGCCUGUGUGCUGUGUGCCCGUCUGCUGCAAGCCUGUGUGCUGUAUGCUUGUCUGCUAUGGGGAUUCUUCUUCAUGCUGCCAGCAGUCUAGCUGCCAGCCGGCUUGCUGCACCACCUCCUGCUGCAGACCCUCCUCCUUCGUGUCCCUGCUCUGCCACCCUGUGUGCAGGCCUGCCUGCUGCGUGCCUGUCCCCUCCUGCUGCAUGCCUGUCCCCUCCUGCCAGCCCAGCUGCUGCCACCCAGCCUCCUGCAUGUCCUUCCUCUGCUGCCCCAUGUGCUCCCGUCCCACCUGCUGA